AAAUUUGAAUGGAAAUCAUUUCUUUUAUUCAAUGUGUAACUGACCGUCGUAUAACUGUAAUAUAAGUGUCUUGUUUUCAUUUUGGGUGGAUUUUUAGUAAUUAAUUCUAAACAGUGACAAAAUAAGUUCGCCAAAAAGUAUUUCUUCACAAAUGGUCAAUUCGUAACGGAACCUUCCACCUCCACCUGGGCCGAAGUUUGCUUAUCAUUGUGUGCCAAUACGACAUAGACAAAAAUAACUUGGAGCAAUACACACUGGAAUCAGUAACGAGAGUAAGUGUUCGUCAAUAGACGCAACAUUGUUUCACUUUUAAAGAGGAAACUUGACACCCAGGGAAAAUGGUUAAUUGCUUCAUUUACGCAAAAGAUUUUUCGGGCUCAACGGAUCGAGUAGACUAUUAUCAUAACAACGGCUUGAAAACACUUGAUCAGUUCCAAGGGGACGUAGAAAAAAUAAAAAAAGACUUACUGGUUUCUGGAGAACCUCCAACAGAAUCGAAAAUAGUUUACUUGCACUGGGGUAGCGAAUGUUGGGAAGUCGAUGAAGACGAAACAAGAGAAGCAUAUUUAUCACGUAAAUCUGGACUUAUGGGUACAUAUCCGGAAUGUAUUAUCAAAUGCCUAAAAGAAAAGCGUAUCGUUGAUAAAGAUGAUAAAAUAAAAUUGCUGUAUCUCAUCACAGAUGGAUUGAUUGACAAUGACAGUGCAGAGGAAUGUUUCGAAUUGAACCAGUUUAUGCAUUACGAAACCGUUGUUUUCCAUGCAAUCAAUGAAAACCCGAACGCAAUCGACUUUUCAGUAGCAACGUCUUUUUUCAAGAGCCGUUGCAUAGUUUAUCGUAAUAACGAACUCUAUGACUGCAUUGAUAUUUCCGAGGAGUUUGACUAUGGCAAAGUCAAUGUUAAUAACUUUGCUGCCGAAAAAGAUCAGUUGAAGUCUUAUAUUAGGUUGAAAUUUAUCAGAAAGGAAUUGGCAAAAGACGCUAUUGCUUUAAAAGAAAUAGACAAAUUGAAAAAGCUAAGAGAUCGAUUAUUUGACGAAUUGUCAUCGAACAGUGGAAAAAGCGAAGUUAACCUCGAAACAAAGGAUAGAAAUAUAUUCCUUCGUGCAUUCGUUGAGACGGAUUGGUACAAGAAUCUCAAUGCUGCGGUUUAUUCAGAUAAGGUUGACAUUGAGAAAUCCAUUUCAACUUUGAUCAAUUACAUCGUCAGCGACACAAAAUCGUACUCGUUUGACGCCUUGAAGUUCGACAAGAAAUUUGACAAGUCCGUUGAAGAGGAACAAGUCGUCGAUGUUAAUUUUACACCCGAGCAAGAAAUUGAAUUCCCCGAUGUAAUACUGGACGACGAGAAAGGCAUCCCUGUUGUAAUUUUAACGAAGUUCAAUUUGAUGGAAAAAAUUAUUUUCCAUAGAACUCUAUUGGUAAACCAAGUGACACCUGCCAGUUUUAGCAAGUUCAAAUCGACCAUGGAGUGUCCGCUGUUUUUGGUUAACGAUAAAGAUGUUAGUGAGUCCAUCGGUUACUUUUACACUUUGAAUGUUUACAAACAAUUGCUGGCAAACAAUACAAAAAAUGAGCCGCGAACACGAAGACCCUUUUAUGGUGGCCUUGUGCUAACAGAUACCAAUCAAUUUGAUAAAUACAACGACUACAUUUUGUCAGCGACAUAUUUUGAUCGUAAGAAGAUCAAUUACAAUGUUGGGUUGUUUUACUUUGUGCUGUGGAAAAACUGUGAAAACAAAGAGUGGAUGGACAGAAAUGUCGUUGACCAGUUCCAAAAAUACGCUAUGCGACGUAUCAGUGAGACUGUGUGCAAAAUUGGGCUGUCAUCUUUGCCGCUGGACCCUGAUCAAAAUACAUCACUGCUAACUGCGUUGUGGUACUGCGUUGAAUUGUCGUCAGUAAUUUUCAAAGAUAAUCCUCAAAACUUCACGCAGGAACGGCUGAGGUGGUUUCAUGGCGUAGCGGGUUAUAUGAUUGAAAUUUUGAAGUACUUCAAUUACGAUCUAGAUUUGGAGUCUAUCAAAAAACGAAGAGAGCUAAUUAGUUACGUGAUGCUUUUGAAGAAAAUCCAAAAACCUACAGAUAAAGUUUAUUAUAUUUUGAAUAAUAUUUUCACGACUACAGAUGGUUUUCUGAUCAGCGAAAUUGAAAAACCGUUUAAUCUGUACAAGCUCAAUUACCUUAAAUUGAAUCACAAGGAAAUAUUGCGUGACGAUGUUGUUGAAGAGAAAGUUCAUCUGAAUGACUAUGUUCACUUAAUACAUUACGAAUAUGAUUUGGAUAAAUCAAAAACCGGGAAAGGCACGUUUGAAAUUUGUGAAAAGACCUUCCGACCCUUUUUUACCAUCGACAAAAACAAAUCAUUCUACACAGAAUUGGUCCAGAAUACAAGGAAAGUAGUUAUCAACAAUGACGACGAUAAAGAUAAAAUUGACGUUACCUACGAAGCUAUCGAUUCGCUUGAAUUUGCCAGGAUUUUAUCUCUAUACAAACUUUUUAUUGAUUGUGUGAUAGAAUCACAAAAAUAUCCCACCUUGGUCGAAUACGUCGAGUUUAUUUUAAAAAGAAAAAAGUUCUACGGGGACUUGGUAACCGUUUUUCCGCCCAAUGUUUACUCCGCUGUUAAAGACGUGUAUGAGCGCUAUCAGAAGGUUGUGACGAAAGUUAAUGUUGAUGAAUUUAUUAAAGUAUGUAAAACUUAUGUUAGUCGAGCUGAACGUAUCAAAGCAGAAGAAAGAGUGAAGUUCAGUAGUGACGAUGAUAUCAACGAAUUUAUUUCUAGGGAGGAAUUGAAAGUUAAUUUGAAAAAGAAAACAUAGUUACUUAGUCGGUAAACGAUGUAUUAUGAUACCUCAUAGAAUUAGUCCAAGGGUAGCGAACCUUUAUGUAUCAAAGUGUCAUUUUUCCUAAAGAAGCGUUUAAUGAGGUCAUAGACGUGACAUCAAAUAAUCUUGAUUUCGUGAUUAUUAGAAAAAUAACUUAUAUUAGGGUUCUAAGUUGUUACUUUUAGCAGAAUGCAUACUGAACUAGAGUCAUCUGUCAAACGGUUUCUAAGCGAGUCUAUAAUGUUUCCCAUAUCUGAAAAUGGCUCGAUGGCAUAGUUAAAUGAAAAUAUGGAUAAAAUAGUACGAGCGUGCUUCUUCAAACUUUUAAAUGUGCCUGGUAACAAAUUCCAUGUUACCGAAAUUUGUUUAUUGGCAUUUUUACUUUUAUAGUUGUGAACGUUGGCGUGCUUCAAAAUAUAAUAUCCCUGAACUAAGCUGUUAUUGGCGUAAGCUUUAAAAAAGUAAUAAAUGUGAUA